AGGUGGAACAGGAAGAGGGAAAGUUAUGCAUACAUGCGUUUCUGUUUACAUGGUUUUUGAAGAUGGGAAAGCUUCGCGUUUUAGAGUUGUACAGUGGGAUUGGCGGGAUGCAUUACGCAUUAAAAGGGAGCUGCAUUCCUGCUGCAGUUGUUGCUGCUGUUGAUGUGAACACAACUGCAAACGCAGUUUACAAGCACAACUUUCCCAGCACACAUUUGUGGCCCAAAACAAUUGAGGGUGUGACACUAAAUGAUUUUAACAAACUAGCAUUUGACAUGAUUUUGAUGAGUCCACCAUGCCAGCCAUUUACCAGAAUCGGUUUACAAGGAGAUGUCUCGGACCCGAGAACAAAGAGUUUUCUUUAUAUCCUCAACAUCCUUCCCAGGCUUGACAAGCUUCCUAAGUUCAUUCUUCUGGAAAAUGUCAAAGGAUUUGAAACAUCAUCUGCCAGGGAUUCAUUGGUAGAAACCUUACAAGAGUGUGGAUACAGAUACCAAGAGUUUCUGCUGUCUCCUACUUGUCUGGGGAUUCCAAAUUCAAGACUGCGUUAUUUCCUUAUUGCUAAAUUACAACCUGGACUAUUCUCUUUUGAAACAACUAACCAGAUUCUGGAAGUUUUUCCACAUUCUGACUGUGUAGAUUCAAAUGCCAGUAAAGUUUCUGAAGGUGCACAUAAGGAACUGUCGGCUUGCAUUCAUGGAGUGAAAACAAGUAAGCCAAAUGAUGGUGCUGAGCCCAGCAGCAGGACUCAGGAAAAUGAAGCUGUCAUUUUCAAGCUGGAAACUGCUGAAGAUUUGGAGAGAAAGCAGAAUCAGGACAGUGAUGUAUCUGUCCGGAUGCUCCAAGAUUUUCUAGAGGUGGAUCUGCAGAAUUUAAGCCAGUAUCUGCUCCCACCAAAGACCCUACUGCGUUACGCAAUACUAAUGGACAUUGUUCAACCGACAUGCAGGAGAUCAGUGUGUUUCACUAAAGGGUAUGGACACUAUGUUGAAGGGACUGGCUCAGUCUUGCAGUCUUCUUUGGAUAUUCAGCUCGAAACAGCAUUCAAAUCCCUUCAUACUUUAUCAGAUGAAGACAAACUGAAUCAGUUGUUGAUGUUAAAGUUACGGUACUUUACUCCUAGAGAAAUAGCCAAUCUUCAUGGACUUCCCCCAGAGUUUUGUUUCCCUGAGAAAACGACUUUGAAGCAACGUUAUCGACUUCUAGGAAACAGUCUAAAUGCCUGUGUUGUAGCUCGACUUAUUAAACUGAUGGUGGAAUAGCUGGAAAGAGACAUUUUUAAAUUGUAGAGUACAUUUUGUGUACAUAUUCAGAACCAAGUCUUCAUCAGGAUGGGACUAAAUGUGGCAUGACUUCCUUUUAAUCAAGACAUUUACAAUUGAUCAGGAGCAGCUAUAAGCAACAGACUGCUUGUUCAUAUUUGUUUAAUAGCUGCUUCCCAGUAUUCUAUCAGAAGGAAUAGUCAUUGCAAUGAGGGUAAACUGGAUUUAAAUGUUUAAAUGCAGGGUUGGGUAACUGCUUACAUCCUGAGGUGAAUGAUGUAAUUCACCCACAGAAAAAAAUAGGGACAAGAAAAGUUUUUUAUAAUAAAGAAUUUUAAAUGCAUAUAUGUCAUUAUGUUUUAAUGCUGUACUUUAUCACAAGAUACCAAUGGCACAAUAUGGUACAGGGAACUAGUUGUGAUAUCUGCAAUUGCAUCUCUGUUCACUCCAUUAUAAACUAGUAUCCAUGUUAACUAAUUUAUUAUGAAACCAAAAAGGAACAACUUUGCAACAACUGACUGUUCUCAUAACUGUCACUCAAACUGACUGUACGUCAUUAAAUACAAAAAUGUAGUUUUGUGUUAUUUAUAGUACAUAAUUAAGCAUCCUCUAUAAAGGUGUGCCAAGGUUUUACAUUGUCAAAAAGUGGCAACAGGAAUAAUAAAGAUUGCAUUGAGAGAGUCUGAGGGGGAUGAACAUUCUAUUUCAUUGUACAUGUGUUGAAUAUUCCAUUUAUAUUGCAUUGCUUAGUUUCAAUUGAGAAAUACUAUGUUUCUCUUAACUUCAGCCAUUUAAAUAUAGAUGUAAUACAUUACAUUAAAAUAGGAUACGUUAAUGUCUAAAAAUAUUUGUAGACUGCUUGAUGUUGUACUGCUUAAAAUAUUUAGUUUUUGGCCCAUUUCUUACUGUAUUUUAACAAACAUAGUAAUCUUUUGUAUAUUCUGAAUUUUCCAUAGACACAAUUGGUCUGAUUCCAUUUCUAAAAAACACUGCCUCGGCUGAUUUGUGCUGCUGCUGUACUAAGUGACUAAGCAUACUUUUAUUAUUAGUUUCAACCAUAAUCAGCUGAAUUAGGUAAAAAAAAAAAAAAAAAAAAAAAAAAUCCUAGAGAAGUAUACAGUUUCCUUACUCCAUGAUUUUUACACCUCCCUAAAACUUGCAACCCCAAUUCUAAUAUGAACAUUUCCACUAAAUGUUUAUUUUCUUCAGGGGUCAAUGCUACACUCCCUGGGUAACGGUCAAACUAAAAGGACUGUUUAAGAUCCACUAGCAGUGAACACAACAGAAAAAAAAAACUGCAGACGGAAGCAAAUAUUGCCCUGAGCCGAGUUCAAAAUAGUUCAAAGCUAGCUAUGAUGUCUCAACUUUCCAGUUACCUCAGUGAAUAUUUGUUGCAUUCAGCAUUGUGGCAGAAUUAUAUAUGUUGAAGGUACUUAGUGUUUUAAAAUGGUCUUUUAAGAAGAAAGGCCUUUAAAUCACAUGAUUCUAACAGAUGAAAUCUGUAUCAUGCAUUUGUCAGAGAGGUCUCUAUACACCAGUGGUCCUACU